AUGGCAGGAUUUGGAGGAAUACAGGGGCCACUACCAGUGUUUGAUGGGAAGCAGUUUGAAGACUGGCACAUCAAAAUGCAAGCCAUUUUUGGCUUCCAGGAUGUUUCACAGUGUGUCAGCCCAAAGAUCUUCAACAAGAUCUCCAAGGCUGCUACUGCUAAGGAGGUAUGGGACAUCUUAGUGAAGACUUAUGGUGAUGGAGACAGAAACAUAAAGGUGAAAUUGCAGGCACUGAGAAGGCAAUUUGAAAUUCUAGUCAUGGAUGAGAGUGAAACCGUGGCUGAGUACUUUGAUAAGGUACAAGAAUUAGUGAAUAAGAUGAGGGUUUGUAAAGAUGGGAUAUCUGAUGAGUACAUUGUUGACAAGAUCCUGAGAACUUUAUCAUCCAGAUUUGAUAAUGUUGUGGUUGCAAUAGAGGAAACUCGAAGGAAGGAAACCAUGGAGAUAGAGGAACUGUUGAACUCAUUAGAGGCUCAUGAAUUUCGUAUUAAUGAACGCAGACAAUGCCAGGAGCAGGCCCUGCAGGCCAGAUCUCAGUGGAAAGGCAAGAAGGUGUUCAAGAAAGGAGGAAAAGGUGGUAAGAAGGGCAAAGAUUCACAGGACCAGCAAGGAGAAGAGUCCGGUGAAUCAAGCAAGAUGAAGAAUCAGAAGAAUGGUGCUAAGAACAAACCAAAGAAGAGGGCUAAUUUGGCUCAAGAGGAGGAAUCUGAUUCAGAACCAGUAAUGUUGAUGGCUAAAACUGAAGAAAAUUCAUUAGAGAAAGAUGUGUGGUACCUAGAUACUGGGUGCUCUACCCACAUGACAGGGAGAAAAGACUGGUUUGUGAGAAUUCAAGAUGCUGCACAAGGAAAAAUUCGAUUUGCUGAUGACAGGAGUUUGGUGGCAGAGGGUACAGGCAGAGUUGUUAUAAGGGAUGCAGGAGGAAAAGAAGUUACAAUUGAAGAGGUAUUGUAUGUACCAGGCUUGAAAUCAAAUCUGCUAAGCUUGGGGCAGCUAUUGUAG